AUGGAACCUGUCAGUACGAAAAAAAGGCGAAACAACGGUCGCUCUAAGAAGGGUCGAGGCCACGUUCAGUUUAUUCGCUGCAGCAACUGUGGCAGAUGCUGUCCCAAGGAUAAGUGUAUUCCCAAGUUUGUUAUUAGGAAUAUUGCCGAAGCAGCCGCGGUUAAGGAUCUGACAGAGGCGUCUUUUUAUACUGGUUACACAUUACCAAAGCUCUAUGUCAAGCUACAAUACUGUGUUAGCUGCGCGAUACAUGGGAAAAUCCUGCGGGGUCGCUCAAAGGCAGAUAGGAAAAUCCGUAAGCCUCCUCAGCGUCGCAUCGAGUUUAACCGUAACUAA